CAUCCUACGUUUCUUAAUUACAACAUUCAUGUUUUAAAUUACCUCUUACUUUCUCAAUUACCACUUUCAACUUUAUGGUAUUUACCGCAUGCGUUAGUCAGUGUACCGCAUUUGCUUGUUGAUCUUAACUGUCCUGUCAACUACUAAAGCAUGCAAUUCUACAAUGAAAUGAUAUGUUGAUUAUUGUAAUUUGUUGAAAGUAUGACAUCAAGAAGAUGGUUUCAUCACCACAUCAAUGGACAAGAAGCAGAACAGCUGCUAAUGGACCGUGGUACUAAUGGUAGUUUUUUAUGUAGACCUAGUAGUUCAAAAAAAGAUUUCACUCUUUCUGUUAGGUUAGUUUUUAGGCGAAAUGAUAGGGUGACUCAUAUAAAAAUUCAGAACAAUGGAGAAUACUAUGAUCUCUACGGAGGAGAACAAUUCUCAACAUUAUCUGAACUUAUACAAUAUUACAUGGAACAUGAUUUGCAUGAAAAAAAUGGAGAAUUAAUUGAACUAAAGUAUCCUAUGAAUUCAAAGGACCCAACUUCAGAAAGAUGGUUUCAUGGUCACAUGUCAGGAAAAGAUGCUGAAAAUUUAUUAAUGGAUAAAGGCAAAAAUGGGAAUUAUCUAGUGAGAGAAAGUAUUAGAACACCUGGAGAUUAUGUGUUAACAAUUCGGUCGGAUGACAAUGUGAUUCAUGUCAUGAUCAGAAAUGUUAAUGAAGAAUAUGAUGUUGGCGGUGGAAAAAAAUUUAAUACAAUUACUGAACUUGUUGAUUAUUAUAAACAAAACCCAAUGGUGGAAAGUAAAUUUGGAAGAGUUGUACAUCUUAAACAGCCAUUCAAUGCAACAAAAAUAACAGCAUCUUCAAUUGGUGAUCGCGUUGUUGAGCUUCAAAAAGAUGCUAAUACAGUAAUACAAGGCAAAGAUGGAUUCUGGGAAGAAUUUGAACAAUUACAACAGCAAGAGUGUAAACAUCGCUACAGUCGAAAUAUUGGAUUGAGUGCAGAAAAUAAACAUAAAAAUAGAUUUAAAAAUAUUGUUCCUUUUGAUCAUACCAGGGUUAUCCUGUUAGGUGAAAGUGAUUAUAUCAAUGCUUCUUAUAUUGAUGGAGAAAGUGAACAUGAAUAUAUCGCAACACAAGGUUGUCUUGAAGAAACUAUUUAUGAUUUUUGGAGAAUGGUUUAUCAGGAAAAUAGCAGAGUAAUACUUAUGGUCACCAGAGAAAUUGAAAAAGGCAAGAGUCGGUGCGCAAAGUACUGGCCAGAUAUUAAUUGCACAAUCCAGUAUAACAAUUUUCAUAUCAGUAAUAUUGAAGAGUUAGAAACUCCACAUUUCAUAUACAGAGAAUUAAAGUUAAUAAACGAAGAGGAGAAUGAAGAAGAAGCAAACUCAAUAUAUCAUUAUCAAUAUAUUGGCUGGCCUGAGCAUGGUAUACCAUCAAAUGUUGGCUCAGUUAUAGGAAUAUUACAUGACAUAAACUUAAAACAGAAAUACAGUAAUUAUCCAGGUCCUAUAAUUAUUCAUUGCAGUUCUGGAGUUGGGCGAACUGGUGCAUUUAUAGUAAUUGAUAUCUUGGUUAAAAUUCUUCAGAAACAAGGUAUGGACUGUGAAAUUGAUAUUCAAAAAACAGUGCAACAUGUUCGUUCACAAAGACCUGGAAUGGUUCAAUUAGAGGCUCAAUACAAAUUCAUCUAUUUGGCUAUAGCUCAUUAUGUUGAAAUGGAGCAUAAACUUAAGCAAAGAGCUAUUUUACCAAAUGAUUUGAAUAAGAAAUCAAAUUUGCCUAAACGAGUAGAUCCUUGUUUGGAUUCAUCUUCAAAUUUUUAUGAAAAAGUUGAAAAUAAGUAUAUACAUUCUCAAAGGAAAGUUAAGCCAUUACCUGCAGUGAAUUCAAAUACAGAUAUAACUCCUCCAGUUCCUGAAAGAAGGCCAAAGCCUUUGGUAUCAACUAUAUACCCUUUUAAACAAGAAACAGUUGUUAAUGAGGAAAUCAAUGAGAAUACUCCUCCGCCUCAAAUUCCUACAAGAAAAAAAGUAUCAUAAGAUUUCGACAACAACAAAAAACAAUUUGUAAAUGUUAUCAUUCUCGUGUGCAGGAACAUUUUUAUAGGCUAAUUUAUGUCGAGUUUUUCCACACAAAAAUGUAAAUUAAAAAAGAAAUAUAAUUAAUCAUUAAAUUAA